AUGUGUGGAACCGGCAGGAAAAAGAGGAUGAGGUUUUUCAUUUUGAAUCUGGCCAUAACAGAUAUUUUUGUUGCAAUUGGAGCUAUAUUGCCGGAAUUAAUAUUGUACAUUGUGAAAAAUUUUUACGCACCAGAAUUUGUGUGCCGAAUGGUGAAAUAUAUGCAACAACUAAAGGUAGGAUCUUCUCGCGGGUUCUUCGCUCUCGUGUGA